GCCAGCGGGUCGUCUGGCUCGACAGCGGGCAUCGGGUCACCAGGCAUGACCGCGGGCACUGGGUCAUCAGGCAUUGGAUCGUCUGGCUCGACAGCGGGCAUCGGGUCACCAGGCAUGACCGCGGGCACUGGGUCAGACAUUGGAUCGUCUGGCAUGACAGCGGGCAUCGGGUCACCAGGCAUGACAGUGGGCACCGGGUCAUCAGGUACCGGAUCGUCUGGCUCGGCAGCGGGCACCGAGUUGUCUGGCAAGACUGCGGGCACCAAGUCGUCUGGCAAGACUGCGGGCACCGAGUCGUCUGGC